UCGGGAUUCCACCACCAGCUGUCCUGGGCUCCCUCCUCGGGCCUGGCCCAUUCAAGCCGCGCCCCGGGGUCCGCCCUCUACCCCGGCUAGGCACCGGGGCAGGGAGGACCAUGGCUCGCCUCUUCAGUCCCCGGCCGCCCCCCAGCGAAGAUCUCUUCUACGAGACCUACUACAGCCUGAGCCAGCAGUACCCACUGCUGCUGCUGCUGCUGGUGAUCGUGCUCUGCGCGCUCCUGGCGAUGCUGGCUGUCGCGUCAGCCAGCGGCAGGGAUCUAGUUUCAGACCCAGGCUUCCUGACCACUGUGCUGUGUGCACUGGGUGGCUUCUCGCUUCUCCUGGGCUUGGCUUCCCGUGAGCAACGACUGCAGCGCUGGACACGUCCCCUGUCGGUCCUCGUGUGGGCAGCGCUACUUGGGCUAGGCCACGGCUUCCUGUUCACUGGGGGCCUGGUGAGCGCCUGGGACCAGGUGUCCUUUUUUCUCUUCAUCAUCUUCACUGUGUAUGCCAUGUUGCCCUUGGGCAUGCGGGAUGCCGCAGCUGCGGGCCUUGCCUCAUCACUGUCCCACCUGCUGGUCCUUGGGCUGUACCUUGGGCCUCAGCCUGACUCCCGGCCACCGCUGCUGCCACAGCUGGCAGCAAACGCAGUGUUGUUCUUGUGCGGGAACGUGGCUGGAGCGUAUCACAAGGCACUGAUGGAGCGUGCGCUGCGCGCCACGUUCCGGGAGGCCCUUCGGUCCCUGCACUCGCGCCGGAGGCUGGACACUGAGAAGAAGCACCAGGAACACCUACUCUUGUCCAUCCUUCCUGCCUACUUGGCCCGAGAGAUGAAGGCAGAGAUCAUGGCACGGCUUCAGGCUGGACAGGGGUCACGGCCAGAGAGCACCAACAACUUCCACAGCCUCUAUGUCAAGAGGCACCAGGGAGUCAGCGUGCUGUAUGCUGACAUCGUGGGCUUCACAAGGCUGGCCAGUGAGUGCUCCCCUAAGGAGUUGGUGCUCAUGCUCAACGAGCUCUUUGGCAAGUUCGACCAGAUUGCCAAGGAGCAUGAAUGCAUGCGGAUCAAGAUUCUGGGAGACUGUUACUACUGUGUCUCUGGGCUCCCACUUUCUCUGCCCGACCAUGCCAUCAACUGCGUGCGCAUGGGGCUGGACAUGUGCCGGGCCAUCAGGAAACUCCGUGCAGCCACUGGAGUGGACAUCAACAUGCGUGUGGGCGUGCAUUCGGGCAGCGUGCUCUGCGGAGUCAUCGGGCUGCAGAAGUGGCAGUAUGACGUCUGGUCCCAUGAUGUCACGCUGGCCAACCACAUGGAGGCGGGUGGCGUGCCAGGACGAGUGCAUAUUACAGGGGCUACCCUGGCCUUGCUAGCAGGGGCCUAUGCUGUGGAGGAUGUAUCCAUGGAACACCGGGACCCAUACCUUCGGGAGCUAGGGGAGCCCACCUACCUCGUCAUCGAUCCCCGGGCUGAGGAGGAGGAUGAGAAGGGCACUGCAGGAGGGCUGCUGUCCUCUCUCGAGGGCCCCAAGAUGCGUCCAUCACUGCUAAUGACGCGCUACCUGGAGUCCUGGGGCGCGGCCAAGCCUUUUGCCCACCUGAGCCACCUAGAGAGCCCUGUGUCCACCUCUACCCCUCUCCCAGAGAAGGCCCUUGCCUCCUUCAGCCCCCAGUGGAGCCUGGACCGGAGCCGUACCCCCCGAGGACUAGAUGAAGACCUGGAUACUGGGGAUGCCAAGUUCUUCCAAGUCAUCGAACAGCUCAACUCUCAGAAACAAUGGAAGCAGUCGAAGGACUUCAGCCCACUGACACUGUACUUCAGAGAGAAGGAGCUGGAGAAAGAGUAUCGACUCUCUGCCCUCCCCGCCUUCAAAUACUAUGCAGCCUGCACCUUCCUGGUCUUCCUCUCCAAUUUCAUCAUCCAGAUGCUGGUGACCAACAGGCCCCCAGCUCUGGCCAUCACCUAUAGCAUCACCUUCCUUCUCUUCCUCCUCCUCCUCUUCGUCUGCUUCUCAGAGCACCUGACGAAGUCUGUCUUGAAAGGCCCCAAGAUGCUACACUGGCUUCCCACACUGUCUGGCUUGGUGGCCACACGGCCCGGACUGCGAGUUGCCCUGGGCACUGCCACCAUCCUCCUCGUUUUUGUCAUGGCUAUUACCAGCCUGUUCUUCUUACCGGCAGCAUCAAACUGCCCUUCCCGGGCUCCCAAUGUGUCCUCCGUGGCUUUCAACCUCUCCUGGGAGCUCCCUGGGUCCCUGCCUCUCAUCAGCGUCCCGUACUCUAUGCACUGUUGCGUGCUGGGGUUCCUGUCCUGCUCCCUCUUUCUGCACAUGAGCUUUGAGCUGAAGUUGCUGCUGCUCCUGCUGUGGCUGGGAGCCUCCUGCUCCCUCUUCCUGCACUCCCAUGCCUGGCUGUCUGACUGCCUUAUCGCCCGCCUCUAUCCAGAUCCCUUGGACUCCAGGCCAGGGGUGCUGAAGGAGCCCAAACUCAUGGGAGCUAUCUCCUUCUUCAUCUUCUUCUUCACCCUCCUUGUCCUGGCUCGGCAGAAUGAGUAUUACUGCCGCCUGGACUUUCUGUGGAAGAAGAAGCUGCGGCAGGAGCAGGAGGAAACAGAGACAAUGGAGAACCUGACUCGGCUGCUGCUGGAGAAUGUGCUCCCCGCACACGUGGCCCCCCAGUUCAUCGGCCAGAACCGGCGCAAUGAGGACCUCUACCACCAAUCCUACGAGUGUGUCUGUGUCCUGUUCGCCUCAGUUCCAGACUUUAAGGAAUUUUACUCUGAAUCCAACAUCAACCACGAGGGUCUAGAGUGUCUGCGGCUGCUCAAUGAGAUCAUUGCAGAUUUUGAUGAGCUGCUCUCAAAGCCCAAGUUUAGUGGGGUGGAGAAGAUCAAAACCAUCGGCAGCACCUACAUGGCAGCCACAGGCUUAAACGCCACCUCUGGACAGGACACACAGCAGGAUGCUGAGCGAAGCUGCAGCCACCUGGGCACCAUGGUGGAGUUCGCAGUGGCACUUGGAUCAAAGCUGGAUGUCAUCAAUAAGCACUCAUUCAACAACUUCCGUCUGCGUGUGGGGUUGAACCACGGACCUGUAGUUGCUGGAGUGAUUGGGGCCCAGAAGCCUCAGUAUGACAUCUGGGGCAACACGGUGAAUGUUGCGAGCCGUAUGGAGAGUACAGGAGUCCUGGGCAAGAUCCAAGUGACUGAAGAGACAGCUCGGGUGUUGCAGUCCUUAGGCUAUACCUGCUACAGCCGGGGCAUCAUCAAGGUCAAAGGCAAAGGGCAGCUCUGCACCUACUUCCUGAAUACAGAUUUGACACGAACUGGCCCUCCCUCAGCUACCCUAGCCUGAGACCCCCACCCAUCCUCUCUAUUCUAAGAUCUUCAAUAAAAAGACUCCGGGGGCA